UAGUACUAGUACUAGCACUAGACCUGCCUUUCUCUCUCUCUCUCUUUCUCCUUUCUUGUUUGACACUUGAUUUUUAUAGUCCUAGGCUCAACUUUUCUUAUCUCUUUCAAUCCUAGGUCUCAAGCUGUUCUUGCUGUCCCUUUUUUCUUUUACUUAGGGGACCCCUACUACAGAACCUCCCCUUAUAGUCAUUUGAGUUUGUCCCAAGGACCAAAAGCUUGUCCAUGUCUUGAUCGGUUUUGCUUUCUUGAUGUAAAACCCAUCUCAAAAACACCUAUAGAUCUCAUAUUUUUAUUCUUUUUUUACUUGGAUUGGUUUAAAGAGAUUCUUGAUCUGUUUCUCUGUUGUAAAGAUGUAUAAUAUUUUCUUUUCCUUUCUUUAUCAUCUUGGUUGUCUAAAUAUUAUUCUCUCUGCUUUUCUCCAUCUUACACAUCUGUAGGUAUCUCACUUUUCUCCUGCCUUAUUGCAGAAUAAAAGGGAAAUUUAGCUGCUGAAUCAUAUCAAUGCAAGGCUGUAUUUGUUAGCUUGAAUGGAAACGUUUAAUGGUUCCAAGAAAGCAUCAAUGCGGAAGCAGCAACAGCAAUCUCUAACAGAUACUACAAGACCGCCUCUUGUCCCAGCGGAGAAGAACAAUGCAGUUGCUGCUUCCGCCACUCGCCGGUCCAGAACAAUGGAAGUCAGUUCAAGAUACAGAUCAUCAACUCCCACUAAAACAAGGAGAUGCACUUCGCCUAACGCCACGAGGACUGUCUCUUCAAGCAGAGCUGUUUCAGCUGAAAGGAAACGCUCCUCAACGCCAACCACUCCCACUGAUCCGUCCACACCGGUUAGUGAUGUACCGGUUUCGUCUAGGAGACUAUCUACUACUUGUCAAGGCUUAUGGCCUUCUACUAUGAGAAGCCUCAGCGUUUCAUUUCAGUCUGAUUCAGUCUCGGUUCCUGUCAGUAAGAAGGAGAAACCACUUGUUUCGAUUGAUCGGACACUGAGACCAUCUUCGAAUAUUACACAUAAACAAAAGAGUGUGACAACAACAACAUCGACGUCUGUGUCAAGAAGUCCAUUGAAAGGGAAGAGUGUAUCAGAGAAUUCAAAACCUGUAGAUGGUGGUACUCAUAGUAGGUUAAUAGAACAGCAUCGAUGGCCUAGUAGAAUCGGUGGAAAGCCUAUGAACAGAAGCUUGGAUCUUGGUGAUAAAGCGGUUAGGAGAAUCCCUAACAAACCUCUACAGAAGUCUUCUAGUGAUACAGCGAGGUUGUUGUCCUGUUAUGAAAGUUGUGGAUUAGCUAUGUCUCCAACAAGCUCAGAAGAUUUAGAGUCUAGACAGAGGCUUUUGUCUGCAAGUCCAUUAGAUAGGGCAACUUCAGCUAGAGUGCAUCCCUUGUCUGCUCCAGGAUCACGCACUGCUUCUCCUAGCAGAUCCUCGUUUUCAUCAUCAUCCUCUAACUCUAGAGGGAUGAGUCCCUUGAGAGGAUUGAGUCCUUCAAGAGGCUCUUGUUUGAGAUCGUCUACACCGCCGAGAGGUGUGAGUCCUUCCCGGAUAAGACAAACCAACACGUGCACACAAUCGAGUACCACCACCACAACAUCGGUUCUUAGUUUCAUCGCUGAUGUCAAGAAAGGAAAAAAGACAACUUACAUUGAAGAUGUUCAUCAGCUCCGCUUGUUAUAUAAUAGAUAUUCGCAGUGGCGGUUCGCAAAUGCUAGAGCUGAGGGUGUAAGAUAUAUUCAGAGGUUAAUUGCUGAGGAAACUCUAUACAAUGUCUGGCAUGCAACAUCGGAGCUGAGAGAUCUUGUGACAACCCAAAGAAUUUGCCUCCAACAGAUGAAGCUAGAAAUGAAGCUUGAUGAUAUCUUAAAUAAGCAGAUGGUUUGCCUUGAAGAUUGGGCCAUUCUUGAGAGAGAACAUGUCAGUUCUCUAGCUGGCGCCAUUGCAGACCUGGAAGCAAAUACUCUGCGCCUUCCACUAACCGGAGGAACAAAGGUGGACCUCAGAUCUCUGGAGUUGGCUAUGUCUUCAGCUCUUGAUGUAAUGCAUGCUAUGGGAUCAUCCAUAUGGUCUUUACACUCUCAGAUGGAAGAGGUGACUAGGCUUGUUUCAGAUCUCGCUGUUAUAGCUACAAAGGAGAAUUUUAUGCUUGGCAGAUGUGAAGAUAUCUUGGCAUCAACAGCAAUCAUGGAGGUAGAAGAGAGUAGCCUCAUGACUCAUUUAAUGCAAAAGAAGCAAGAAGAAGAAGAGAUGAUGCUAAGUCUCCCUUGUUGCCAUUAAGCAAGUUUCCAUGGCCAACACUUAACAAUGACUUGUAAAUUGCUCCUUUUUGGCUGCCAUUUUCUUUUGCCACCAUCCUUUCUCCAUUUUUGACUUUUACUUGUAGGAAGAGGAUGUGAAAUAAACGGUUUAAAGAAAAUCAAUGCAGAAAAUGUAGUUUAAUAUCUUUCAUGUAAGCUCAGUAUUUUCGUCUUCUUA